CAUGCCAACUAGGAUAAACAGAUGGCGUCAUCACGCCACGCAAGCAGGAUUUCCGUCUCUCAGGGAAUUGCAAAAAGCGCCGAAGGUUUGCGGAUGGUGUUGCUGUUGCUGUGGUUGCAGGAGCGCGGGGGGCUGUUGCGACGAAAUGUCAUACGCUUUUUGGUGAUGUCCGGCAUCGCCAUGCCUUUGCCGCAGCCACGUCGGGAAAUUCUUCUUAAGCCUCGAUCGUGCUCCGCAUGUGGAUCCACUUUCUAUCCGCUCCUUCCUGCAUUUGAAAAUGUCCAUGGCAUAGCAGCAAUAAGUGGAGAUCAACAAUCACGAGGAAAGAAAAAUCCAAGAGAUGACCUGGGGAAGAGGUUAGAGAAUAGUUAUCAAACAGGGUUGAAGCCAACUACAGGAAUGCUGAUAUCUGACGAUGUGCAGGAGGAAAAUUCUAGUGACAUUGAUGCUCAACAUAGAAAUGUUGAUUACAAUACUGCCAGGUCUCGGCAUGCCGCGAUAAUCAAAGAAGAAUUCUUGUUCGAGGAUGGAAAAGCACCAUUUCCCAGCUGUCAUGCCUCUUCUAUCGUUGAGUUGGGCUCAGGCACAUUCUUGGUGGCCUACUUUGGGGGUACACAUGAGGGCUUCAGUGAUGUUGCAAUCUGGACAUCUCGUUUCGAGGUGGGACUUUGGAAGCCUCCAGCGCUAGUGGAUAGAGAACCAGAUGUGCCCGCCUGGAAUCCAGUUCUCUUCAAAAUGCCUGACGGAGAACUCCUCAUAUUUUACAAAAUCGGUGAAGAAGUGCAGAAGUGGAGUGGCUUUAUAAAGAGAUCAUCUGACAAUGGCGUGACAUGGUCAGACAGAGAACAGCUGCCUCCUGGCAUUCUUGGCCCGACUAAGAACAAGCCUCUGCUGAUUAAGGAUGGCCGACUUUUAUGUGGCUCCUCGACAGAGAGCUGGAAUGCAUGGGGAGCUUGGAUGGAGGUAACUGCUGAUGCAGGUCGUACAUGGGCAAAGCACGGUCCAAUUCAUUUAUCUGGUACUCCUUUGGGGAUUAUACAACCUGUCCCAUUUGUGACAGCCCAUGACACUGUUCGGGUCUUAUUACGUCCCAGUUCAAUGGUUGGCAGAAUUUGUAUGGCAACCUCUCAGGACGCGGGGUUAACGUGGAGUUUUGCCACUCCAACUGAACUCAUCAACUGCAAUUGUGGUUUUGAUGGCGUGAAGCUACAUGAUGGUCGCUUAUUGAUACUCUACAAUACUACAUCUCGUGGGAUCUUGAAAGUAGCAAUAUCCGCGGACGAUGGACUUAGUUGGAGGGACUACUUAACCCUAGAAGAUACUGAAGGGUGCGAGUUCUCUUAUGCUGCUGUGAUCCUGGCUUCUGACAAGCAUAUUCAUGCAACUUACACCUACAAACGGCGGCAGAUCAAGCAUGUUGUUCUGCAACCCAGCGAGCUUAAGCAUCCGCAGUCUCUGGUGUAAGAAUGUUAGCGUCGCAAUUCUGUUACUUGUACGAGUAUACAAAAUGGGCUAAUUUAGUUGGAAUCCUUAGUGGCUGAGAUAUGGAGUUGUGGCAGAUAGAGGAUCGUUUCUUCCUUCCUAAUUAUGCCGCCGGUACUCCGAAGAGACUGAACUUGACGAGUAUAAGCUUCAAGGAACUAAUAUCAAUGCUAGGGGUAAACCUGGCAGAUUUAGUAGGAGUAGAGUACUAGGUCUUCAUCAUCAACACAACGUGCUUGCAGACUUACAGGAGACAAUAACCAGUUCGAACUUUUAGUAUCUGUGAACGUAGUUCAUUGUAGCUUGGUAAACUUAAGAAGCAAAUGCAGACCUUCCACAAGACACUGAUACCAAUGAAACGAUUUGUAGAGAAGGAGUUUUUGUAACACGGACUGAUUGUUAUCUGAAAACUUCCACACAAAUCUGCAAGUUCAGAGUAAAAAUCAUGUGGCAACUCCCAAAUAUCUUCUGAUUUCCCAUGUCAAGCUACAGCACUUUUAUCCAGAAAGUUCCGACAUUUAGGGUUUAGGGUUUCAGAGUCACUUGAAACUAUUACGGAGUUAUAUAUAGAUUCAGCGUCCUCUAUCAGCUGAAGAUUAUUGCGUCGAUUUUGUGUCAAUUGAAUUCUAUCAUUACAAUAAAAGCUUACCAGCUUUAAAUUCCAUAUUGGAGUUACUGUUGGUUUGACCUUAUCA